CCUCGUCUGUCCCUCUAAAAGCACAAUUUGCUCGUUUAGCAGUCGUGCCGAGCAGUAGCAGCAGCCAUGGGUAUCGAUUUGGUCGCCGGUGGCAAGGUCAAGAAAUCCAAGCGAAACGCCCCCAAAUCGGACGAUAUUUACCUGAAGCUCCUCGUGAAGCUGUACCGGUUUCUGGUGCGGAGGACAGGGAGCAAGUUCAAUGCGGUGAUACUGAAGAGGCUCUUCAUGAGCAAGGUCAACAAGCCGCCUAUAUCUCUCUCCAGAUUGAUUCGUUUCAUGAAGGGAAAGGAGGGUAAGAUUGCGGUGGUUGUUGGGACUGUGACUGAUGACACUCGAGUGUAUGAGGUACCCUUGCUGAAAGUGGCUGCCCUGAGGUUCACAGAGACUGCAAGGGCUAGGAUUGAGAAGGCGGGUGGAGAAUGCUUGACGUUUGAUCAGCUGGCUCUCAGAGCCCCUCUUGGGCAGAACACGGUUCUCCUUAGAGGUCCUAAGAAUUCUCGUGAAGCUGUGAAGCACUUUGGGCCAGCUCCUGGUGUGCCACACAGCCACACAAAACCCUAUGUACGUUCAAAAGGAAGGAAAUUUGAGAAGGCUAGAGGAAGAAGGAACAGCAGGGGCUUCAGAAAUUGAGUUGCUGAACUCAUGCGUAAAAUCAAACGUUCUUACUGAAUCUAUGACGUGUUGCAAUUAUGGUUCCCUUUUUAUGUCUUUCUUUCUCAUCCUCUCCAUGGAACACAUGUUAUCUUUAGCAGGUUUUCUUUUGCAUUUCCCUAUUUUCGAUAUGGAUAUAUUUUUCUUGUAGAAUUGAAAUCUGCUGGAUAUUUGAAGGUUUUUGGGGUUGCUUCAAGUGUAACGGUGCCGAAACAUGAUUUUGAAUAGUUUUAAGCUGAGAUUAUUAUGCUCUAAA